AUGUCUGUUUCGGCUAUGAAUGUGAGAUGUCUGGCUAGCACAAGGAUUUCAAGAUGCGACGCGCAGGAGAAGGAACGAGAGGAGGACAGGGAUGAAGAUCGGGGUCGUGCUGAAUCAAAUGAGGUGGACGAGGCAGAGAGGAUGAUGGCUAGUAGCGAUCAUGUGCCACAGCAGUCCAUGGAAGACGAACCGGAAGACAAGAACAACAAAGACGCUUCGGACGGCCAAUCCUCUCGAAGAUCAUCGCUUCCAUCUUCCCAAUCGGAAUUGGAAUCGGAAUUGGAAUCGGAAUCAGAAAAUGGCAGCGACUCUGGUAACUCUGAACACUUAUCUGAUGCCAAACCGUACACGAGUUGCAUACAAGAAGCCCAACUUUCACCGGAUGGUAGCUGCGUUUUCACGUCGGAUUACAGCCGUCAAUUUUCCGUGUAUCCCAUCUCCAACGACAUUCUGACUCAGACCAACCCCCAGCCUCUCACGCCCUACGCGUCUCUUCGCUCUGCUGAUCCCAUAUGGGCUUUUGCUGUCAACCCGCUCUUCAAUUUACAAGAUGCCAGCAGCACGACUGUGCUUAUCAGUCGGAGAGAUGCCUACAUCAGUCUGCACAACGCAUUAUGGCCUACCUCGCAAAAACCCAACGAAGAUAAUCAGACCUCAGGACCGGUGCACAUAUCCACCCCUCUAGCAUCCUACAAACUCAUCAACAACCUGACUGAAGCCGUCAUCGCACCCCUCAGCCUCGCUUACUCCACCACCGGCACACAUUUCUUCGCCGGCUCGAAAGACGAAAUUGCCAUCUUCGAUCUUGUCGAGACCGAUAAACCAAUUCACACAAUCCGCACCAUACCCGCCAAACGCAACAAACUCAAAGGCGGAGGUCGCGGCUUCAAAGGCCUUAUUUCCGCUUUGUCCCUCUCACCCCCCUCCUAUACAUCACACGAUGGGAUUCUAGCAGCCGGCUCCCGCACCCGCUAUAUCGGCAUCUACGACCCCAUCGGCGGCACCGAAAUAACACAUUUCUCGCUCCCAGGAACAAUCAACGGCAUCAAAUUCCGCAACGAAAACCUUCAAAGCGUCAUGGGCGACGGCGUCACAUCCCUAAAAUGGAGCCCUUGCGGCAAAUACCUCUACGUCGCGGAACGCAGUUCAGACGUCCUCCUCAUCUACGACGUCCGCAAUUUCUCGCUCACCCUGGGGUACUGUGCGGGUAGACAAGCGCUCACUCGUCAGAAACUGGGGUUUGAUGUGUGGAAUGCGGGACAGAGUCCGUAUGAUUCUGCCGGUCCACAAACAUACCCGCUACCCCGUCAAGGUCUAGAAGACCUCGGGAUAUAG